AGCACACGAAGCUCUUGCAUAUGAUGAAUUCACGGAUGCUGUUUUAUUUUCAACGCUUUAGUAUGUCCGGUUCCCGUCACAGUAUUGCUGUUGCUGCUGAAGUUACCAUUAGCAACUGGGCAGCGCCCGGCUCGACACCUUCCGACGUCGCUGAUGUUGUGCUGCCAAAUACAGCUAAAAUCAACAGCACAGGCCUUGAAAAGCUAGUGGAUGAUUUGCUGUUGAGAUGCUGGAGUGACUGGCGAUGGUUCACACAUAGGGUCCCACUGAGCAGCUCUACCAUGCUGCCGGGAGUCGGUGUGUUUGGCACGGGGAGUACGGCCCGAGUGCUGGUCCCACUGCUAAAAGCUGAAGGCUUUGAGGUUCAUGCACUCUGGGGGCGAAGCGAAGAGGAAGCAUGCUGCUUGGCAAAGGAGCUCGGCAUCCCAUUUCACACCAGCCGAUCUGACGACGUCCUGCUGCAUCAAGAUGUUGACCUUGUCUGCAUCUAUAUUCCACCAUCCAUGACAAGGCAGAUAGCAGUCAAGGCACUGGGUAUCGGUAAGAAUGUCGUGUGUGAGAAAGCUGCAACUGCUGUGGAUUCAUUCAAGAUGGUCACUGCAGCCAGAUACUACCCACAGCUGCUCAGCAUUAUGGGUAACACCCUGCGCUUCCUGCCAGCUUUUGUUGCAAUGCGACAACUGCUGGUGGAGGGAUAUGUGGGCGAACUGCAGGUGUGUGAUGUCCGAGUCUAUGGUCCGAGCCUGCUGGACCAGUCGUACGGCUGGACCUGCGAGGAGCUGAUGGGAGGAGGCGGUCUUCACACUGUUGGCUCCGCCAUCAUCGACCUUUUGAGUUACCUGUCUGGCACACGAGCACACCGCGUGCAUGGUUUACUGCGGACCUUCGUGCAGCAAAACGGUUUGAUCCGAGGGAUACGCCGCGUCACCAGCGACGAUUUCUGUUUCUUCCAAAUGUUGAUGGGUGGGACAGGGUCCAGUAGCGUGUGCUGCACUGUGACCCUAAACUUCAAUAUGCCGGGGUCGUUUGUACAUGAGGUUAUGGUAGUUGGAUCCACUGGGAGAUUAAUUGCCAGAGGGACAGAACUGUAUGGGCAACGCAACGGGAGUAAAAGCGAGGAGCUGUUGGUAGGCGACAACGGCUGGGUGGGACCAGAGGUAAAAGAAAUGCCCCUGCCUCUCCUGCAGGGCCUGAGCUCCAUGGUGAAGGCGCUGAGGCAGUCUUUUCAGGCUAAGGAGGAGCGCCGGUGUUGGGCACGGGGACCAGUUGCCACUGCACCAACGUUUGAGGACGGUCUGUACGUGCAGACGGUGGUGGAGGCGGUGAAGCGGUCCAGCAGCAGCGGAGAAUGGGAGUGUGUUGAGAUCAUGAGUCAUGAACCUGAUCCAAACCAGAACCUGUGUGAGGCUCUCAAGAGAAACAAAAACUAGAUCUGUUAAUUCACCCAGUGCGACUACUGCAUGUCUGACAAAACGGAGCUCUGAAUGUUUCAAGUCCGCUGCUUCGACCUUUUAUGUGACACAUGACUACUUGGCUUGUUUUUUUUUAACACACUUGUCACAAUUUGAACUUCUUUUUUUUUUUUUUUUAUUUGACUGUGUUGUGAAUGCUUGAACCCUCACAGAUGUGAUUUGUUUGUACACUAAAUUUGUAAACCACAGCUCUAUUAUUCUGAUUCUCAACAGAAAACAUUAUCAUAGCUGUAAAGCUCAUUUAAACGUGUUAAAAGCUCCCUGUGUCCCACCGACAGUCACCUUACGCUGCCUUGAUUAUCAUUCUUAGCUUGAAGUUGUGGAGUCAUGAUUUCAGAUUUUCGGCUAAAAAAGGAUCUAGACCUAUAUUAGUUGUUAGCCAAUAGUAGAUUUUAAUUUUAAAAAAUGGUUUUAGGUUGUUGGGUGGUUUUUUUUUGUUUUCAACUUAUGAGCAGUUUCUUUAGAUUUAUUAAUAUAGAAAGAAAACAAUUAUGAAGUCUGAAUAAGUGCAUUACCCCAGAACAUCCCUUUUUUUUCUGGUUAUUGUUUUUAAUUUUUUGUUGUUGUUGUUUUUUCUUUUAAAGUUUGGGUAUCACCAGAGAGUUUGAGCUCAGUCUAAUAUUUCCAUGACCACCGGCUGGCUCGCUGGCUAAUAAACCAUGCACCAGCAGGAACAGUUCAUUGAACCCUGCAAGAAGUCAGUGGUUUCAGGGCAGAUUGAAAAGAGUGUCUCAGUCAUAUCUGAGAUUGUUUUGGCCUGCUGAUAACGUGAGAGGGGUUAAUGGGUACAGUAUGCCUAUUUUAUCUGAAUUAAUAGUCUCAGCUUGUAUAUCCACCCUUUUUUGAUGGUACAGCAGAGUUUUAGGAUAGUUAUUUUGUUGAGCCUUCAGCUCUGGGUCAAGGAUCCUUUCCCCCACUUUGCAAAUCCAGGUCUGUAAGUUUCAGAUUAUUGGUUGCAGUUCACCAGCUGACGCCUGUAGCUACAGAAAGAUUUGUUCAAGCACCAUUUUUCAGGUGAUUAAUGAUGCUGUGUAUUACUAUAGGGAAACUGGAACACCAUGUGAUUCUCUACUGUAGAUAAAAUUUAGACUUUAAUAUGUUUGAAUGGAAAUAUAUUGGUGUUAAUGUACACUAACAGCACCUUUCUGUAAAAGAGGGAGUGUUUACCUCAGCCAUGACUGUGACCGUCACAGCAGCCGCGUGAUUUGACUAACAAAUGACCCGUUGUGAUUCUGAUAGAACUCAAAUUAGAGUAAGUAUAAUGGAGCUGUGUUCAGUUUACUUUCUAUUUUAUUUUUCACCAUGUAAUAAGUAUAUUUUAGACAUUUGAAAAAAAAGAGGUUUAAUAAUGUGUUUGUUACAAAAUGGCCAUGACUUACAUGAUACCAGGGAUUGAGUAAAAUAAGCUAUGUAGAGAAUAAAGUAACAGUCUGUAGCAAUGCCCCUGAAUUCCCCACUGUAAAUGUAUACUGAACUAUUACUCCUGUAAGCUGGAAAAGAGGAUGUAGAAAGUGUACGGUUGCCUGCUGCACAGACAGAGCAGCAGUCACAGUUUUACCAAAGUACAUUAUAAAAAUUCAAAAUAAAAGCUCUACUCUAGGAUGGAUGACUCAGCCAUGUCCUGUUACAUAACUGAAUUAUGCCUCAGGGAGUUUUUAGUGCAUACGCUUAGCACCUGUUUUUCCAUUUUGGACUGAUAGUAUUCCAUAAGGAUGUAGACCUUAUGGAAUACUAUCACCAUGUUAAAUUGGUAUUUCCAGUUUAUUUUGAUGUGUAUUUUCAUAGACAGUAUAACAGAUGAACGAAGCUUUCAAGUCUAAAAAUUGAAGCCAGCCUAGAAGUGCCAUAAACGGAAUUAUUUUUAAAGGCAAAACCUGCAAUACUGUGGGGGGAAUGACCAUUGAAUUUGACCUGUGUAAACACUCUCCUGUUGAGUCACUCAUUUUGGGUCACACUAAAUAAAUGAUUACGUCUGUUUUCUAAA